AUGUACUUGCUGGAAGUGGCUUUCAGUUACUUCCUCUGCUACCCACAAGCAAACCGGGCCCUCCUGGUUCUGAUUUCUAGUGCUGUGUAUCUUGCUGGUUCUGUCGGAAGAUUGACCCCAGAACACCAGAGCUGCCUUCUGGGAUUCAUCUCUUCAUCUGGGGAGAUCGUCACCGACCCCUCAGAGACCUGUAAUGAUGUGGACGAGUGCAGCUCUGGGGAGCAUCAGUGUCACAGCUCCAUCUUCUGCAUCAACACUCUGGACUCAUACGUGUGCCACUGCCUCCCAGGCUUGGUGCCCAAACCCAGAUUCCCUAAUAAACAAAGGACUCCCCAGUGUGAAGGAACCUGGCCCACCUGGACCCCUCCCCCUGGAAUCAAGAGCCAGAGUCUGUCCCACUUUUCAAAAGAAGUCCAGAAUCUGGGCAGACACUUCAGGCCUGCUGGGGCCAAGGACACCAUCAAGUAUGUUAUCAAGGCAUUGGAUGAGCUACUGGAAGGGUCUGGGGACCUGGAGGCCCUGACCCUGCCUGACCGGCACCGUGUGGCCACCUACCUGCUGUUGUACCUGGAAGAAGUCCUGAGGACCCUGGCUAAGACCAUACCUGAAUCCCCCUCCACCUACCAUUUCCAUUCAGUCACAGAGCUGUCCCUGAUGAUCCAGGAGCAAGGGAAUGGAACUGUCAUUGGCCAGAAGCAUGCACAGAUGCAGCUAAACUGGGCUGAGGCAGCUGAAGUCAGGGAGCCCAGCCCCACCCUGGCAGUAUUCUCCAGCCACAACAUGCAGAAAUUUCUGGCUAAUGCUACACUGAAGCUGGACCUUGAGAAGAAAGCCCAGCUGGAAAACACACAUGGAGGUUCUGUUGGUGGUGGCCAGCCCAGGCUCCUGUCCGCUGUCAACACGGUCUUUCUGAGCAACAAGAACACGGAGAAACUAGGCUCCCCUGCCAACUUCUACUUCUCCUACUCUGUGAGCGAGCCCUGGUCACGGCAGGAGCUAAUCUGUGCCUUCUGGAAGGGUGACAACGACAGGUGGGCCACCACAGGCUGCUGGAAGGUGGGCAGCAGGAACGGCAGUACCACCUGCCGAUGCAGCCACCUGAGCAGUUUUGCGAUCCUCAUGGCCCACUAUGAUGUGGAGAGUUAUUCCACCCUGAGUGUGAUCACCAAUGUGGGGCUGAGCCUCUCUCUGCUGUGCCUCCUCCUGGUGGCCCUCACCUUCCUGCUGUGCAAAGCCAUCCAGAACACCAGCACCUCCCUCCACCUGCAGCUCUGCAUCUGCCUCUUCCUGGCCCACCUGCUCUUCCUCACGCCCAUCGACAGAACAGAACACAGAGUGCUGUGUGCCAUCAUUGCUGGUGCCUUACACUACCUCUACCUGGUCUCCUUCAUCUGGAUGCUGCUGGAGGGCCUACACCUCUUCCUCACUGCAUGCAACCUGAUGGUGGUCAACUACUCCAGUGUGAGCAGGUUCAUGAAGAAGUUCAUGUUUCCUGUGGGCUAUGGAGUCCUGGCUGUCAUUGUGUCCACUUCUGCCAUAUCCAGGCCUCACCUUUAUGGAACAGCUGCCCACUGCUGGCUAAGCACAACAAAUGGAUUUCUGUGGAGCUUCCUUGCACCCGUGUGAUGACGUCAGAGAAUCUUUAACGUCAAUCUGGCUUCCUUUCUGAUGACGCUCUGCAUUUUGAAAAGCAAACUCUCUUCCCUCAACACUGACGUGUCCACCCUGCAGAAUACAAGGUAA